AUGUCUACUGAAGAAAAAAAGAGAGACAUAAACGCGCUUUUCGAGCAACAAAACGACUUUUUCGGUACAAUUUCUCGCGUUAUAGACAAUACAAAAAAGAUGGGGAGAGUUACCAACGACAAUUUUCAACGGGCGUGGACGUUAUUGAUAGAACGUUAUGAAAAUCGUCGCGUUAUGGUAGACACACAAUUAACGCUAUUGUUGUCGGCGCGCUCUCUUAAAGCUGAAUCAGCUUCUGAAUUGAAGAACCUUCUCGGGGAAGUUAAAGAAGCAUUGGGGGCAUUGGAGUCGUUGGGAUGUCCGAUAAAGUAUUGGGAUAAUAUUUUGUUUUAUUUGAUCGUUCGCAAGCUCGAUUCAGAAACGGCUAAAGAUUGGGAAAAGUCCAUUAGCAGUUAUCGUGACCCUUCAACAUUCGAGGAGUUUGAGGAAUUUCUUGUUCGUAGGAUCUACACCCUUGAAGCGAUCGAAAAGCUGCCUGGAAAUAAUAAAAGAGUUACGCAAUCGUUUAAUAAAAAUUUUAAUUUCAAAUCUCACAACGCAUCAGUUCCAACUUCGGGAUGUUCGGCUUGCGGCGCUGCUCAUUACAUUGCCACUUGCCCAGAGUAUUUAACACGGAAUGCGUCUCAAAGAACAGAUUUAAUAAUCUCACGGGGUCUCUGUUUUAAUUGUUUGGGGCCACACUUGUUUAAAAAAUGUCGAGUUUCUAAACGGUGUCGGUUCUGUAACAAGCCCCAUCAUUCCACCCUUCACGAAGCUCCUCCCGAGGCACGUAUAUUUAAUAAUAAAAACACCAAUCCACAAUCGAACUCUCCAGCGAAACAGCUUCCUUCAUCAAGCCAUGUCGUGCACUCUCAUCACCUUCAGACUUCGGUGCUCCUUGCCACGGCUUUAGUGCGGAUCAUCUCGCCCCGCGGAGAUUCGUUAAUAGUUAUUAGAGAUUCAUUAGUUCAACAGCUUCAUCUUCAACGGCGUUCAGCGAACGUUCCUAUAACCGGGAUCGGGUCGAAGCGUACCUGCGUUACCAACGGCGUGGUAUCGGUACGGUUGGUUUCGCGACUGAAUCCGAUCAUUUCCUUCGAAGAGGAAACUUUAAUUUUACCACAAUUAACCUCUUAUUUGCCUCAAAAGCGUUUUAAACACUUACCGAUUGAAAUGAGUGACCUGCCUUUAGCGGAUCCAGAGUUUACCUCAGAAAGAAAAAUCGACUUAAUACUGGGAGUUCAGUUUUAUUCAAAAAUAAUUCAAAACGGUGUAUUAAAGAGCAAAGACGGUCUUUUAAUUGCGCAGCAAACUGCCCUCGGUUGGGUUCUUUCCGGCGCGUUAUCUGAACAACCUUCUAAUCAUUCGAGCUCUUAUGGUUUUCAAUGUUCCAUCGACCGGGAAUUCCUCGACGUGAUGCAGCGCUUCUGGAAGCAAGAAGAUGAUACCGUCAAUAUUCCGCGUCUUUCAUCUGACGAACGCGAGUGUGAAGAGCACUUCACACAAACUCAUUCGCGAGAUUCGAACGGUCGAUUUUUAGUACGGUUACCUUUUCGGAAGUCGCCUAAUGAGCUCGGAACUUCUUAUUCGGUCGCUGUGGGUUCUUUCAACCGAAUGGAGUUAAGGUUCGCGAAAAAUGAACAGCUCAAGUUCGAAUAUAGUAAAUUUAUGAGCGAGUAUCUUUCAUUGGGACAUAUGCGGCAUGUUUCUGGGAAAUUAACUUUUCCGAACUAUUAUUUACCUCACCAUGGAGUCGUUCGUGAAACCAGUUCGACCACGCGAUUGCGGGUGGUUUUUAACGGGUCCCAACCAACGUCAACGGGAGUGUCACUAAACGAUUGCCUUCAUACGGGACCAAAACUCCAGAACGAAUUAAUAGACGUUUUAAUGCGGUGGAGGCGCCACGCGGUAGCUUUUUCGUGCGAUCUUGAGAAGAUGUACCGCCAGAUCAAGGUGCAUGAGGAUGAUUUACCAUUCCAGAGGAUCAUGUGGCGGGAAGACUCUUCGCAAAAGCUUAAGAGCUACGAACUCACCACGGUUACGUACGGUCUUUCAUGCGCGCCUUACUUGGCAAUUCGUUGCCUUCGUCAACUCGCGAACGAACAUCAUUCUCGUCAACCUCUCGGCGCGGUGAUACUUUUCAAAGACACUUAA